AUGAAGCUCUUCAGACACGAAUUUGAAGCACUGAGCACACUGAAACAUCAGAAUAUUGGGGAAAUGAUUGGAUGGAAUCCCGAUCACCACGGAUAUGCUCUCAUUUUUCUGAAAUAUAUUAGCAAACGCUCACUUGCUGAUGUGAUUUUCAAGAAAUGCUUUCGAUACUCGGCACACACAAUGGUCUAUUACUUGAUCGAUUUGCUGAAUGCCGUCAUGUUUAUGCAUUCGAAUUGUCUUCUCCAUCGCGAUUUGAAGCCAUCAAACAUUAUGCUCGAUGAAAAGAAUCGUCUUUUAAUUAUCGAUUUCGAGACAACGGUCACAGACUUUGAUCAGCCGGAUACUUUCAGUUUCCGCUUUGGAACAGAUCAGUAUCGACCGCCGGAAAUUUUUACAAACAAUGGGGAACGUCCCAGGUUUGGAAAGAAAGGUGACACGUUUGCUAUUGGCAUCAUUUUAUGGGAAAUGAUUCGAAGACGUCGACUUGAGAUCCUUUGUGUGGAUUGCUCAAGUCCAAAAGAGUACCGCGAAAGGUUGAUGUCCCCGAUUGCUAAAUGUCACGAAAAAUUCGAGGAAAUUGUUGCCACAUGCACUUUUCACUCACCGGAACUCCGAGCUUCAUUGUCGGCUAUUUUGGAGCUUGUGCACAAGAUCAGAAAUAGUAAGAUGUUUGAGGCCUAUGAUCGGGAUCCAUUCUACGAUCCACUAUGUGAAUCUAUUCAUCCACCUGAGGGCCUUGGAAUGGAACUGGAAAUUGAAGAGUCCAUUGAUCCGCCCACUCCCUCGAUUGGCUCAAAUAACAAUGCAACAAUGGCCGACGAGAUCAAGGAGCUGACGGAGAGACUCGAUAAAUCCGAGCAAGGAGCCUCCCGAAUGAGAGAAGCAAACAGUAUCCUCAUCGACCAUGUCAGAGAGUCGAGGAACUUGAUCAAAGCUCUCGGCGAGAGCUUUCAGAGAGAACGCGAGCAGCGAGAGCACACCGAUUCGGCCUUUGAAAAAGCUAAUCUGUAUUUCAAUAAUGCAAAGAACCAGAUGGAGAUCAACAAACAGUUGUUGUACGAGAGAGAAACGGCUAAAUUCCGACCACGGAGAGAGAUGUGUGGAGAUAUGUCAUCGGCCGAGGAACAGCACUUUCGACAGCAGAGACCGAGGAGUCAGAGCAGGAUGGGAUAUCCAAGAUUCACUAGUCCUCCUCCGCCAAGAUCUAAUCGUUUGACUCCAGAAGAUCCCUUUGUUAGACCAAAUUUA